AUAUUUGAGCUAAAUUGUACUCUGGGGGACACUUAAUUAUUAACUUCUUUUGUGGACUCUGGUUAAUUCUGUUAUUGCGAAUACGAUGAAAAUAUUUUUAACUCUGAAAAUCUAUAAUGCUAUAUCGACUUUUACUAAUAACAUUAGGCAAGAUUUAAAAAAAUUAAAUUAAGGGAAACUAAAUUGAGUAAAUAGGCAAGAUUUAAAAAAAAUUAAAUUAAGGAAAACUAAAUUGAGUAAAUUAAAGAAUACAGCCCACCAAUAAGUAGAAGAUAUACUAUACACUUGUUUCUAAAAAAAAAGAGCAAGUGUGACUGCGGUGGUGGACAUUGAGAGCUCAUGAGCUUAGUCAUUUGUGCUCCUCGAUGGUGGAAUCCCAACGAAGGAUCUUCAAAGUUAUAUCCAAAUUGCAACCUUUAUCAAACAUUUGAAGUUGAAUUGAUAGCAUUUGACGGAUAUCGUUUGACGUAGACAGAUACAUACCUCCAACAAAAGUAUCAUCACGAUAUUAAUAACGCAAAAAUUAUUAUCAACGGUCAACAAUGUCGACAGAUAAUCUUAAUGAGAUGGAUGUGUUGCUUGUACCAAGCAAAUGGAGUAAAAGGUUCGAUCAUGAGGAGGUAUUGAAGCACUACCACAAAUUCGCUUCAGAAGUUACGGAAAAGGCUCGUAAGACCACUAAAUACGAGUUGGAUAUUCCAUACGGAAACUCGAAUAAUACUAAAUAUGACAUAUACGGAACCGAUUUACCCAAAGACGCUCCAAUAUUCGUCUUUAUCCAUGGUGGAUAUUGGAUAGAAGGUAGCACAGAUAUAGCAACAUUUGCAGCACCAGUUUUUGUCGCUAAAGGAAUCAAAGUUAUAACAGUUGGCUACGAUUUAAUUCCACAUGUUAGACUCGGAGACAUAAUAUCAGAAAUAAAAAUGGCGCUUGAACAGAUAUUAAAAUUAGCCUCGAAUAACGGAAGCAGGUGUGUUUGGGUCGCCGGCCACAGUGCUGGUGCUCAUUUAGCGGUGAAUAUUUUAUUCGAUGAGUCUUGGCUAGAUAAAAUGAUGAAAGAAAGAUACAUGAAAUUAUUUAAAGGUCUUGUCUUAAUAGCGGGAAUUUAUGACUUGACCGCUUUGAUUGACACAAGUAUAAACGACGACUUGAAGCUUACAAAAAAUGAAAUGGCGGCGUACAGCAUUCCUAAUGACACCUCCAAAAUCAAAUCCAUCAAAGGGUUGAAAGUUGUUGUGACUGUCGGAGAAUGCGAUUCACCACAUUUUAUUAAUGAAUCACGCAAGUGUGCCCAGAAACUCAUAACGAUAGCGGAUGACGUCCAAUAUCUUCUUCUUCGAGAGUAUACUGAUCACUUCGACAUCGUGGAGAAACUCACAAAGCCAGAAGACGUUCUGACGAAAAUAAUACUGACUAAUAUAUCCAGCACGUAACAAGUCGUUAUCAAGAUAUGUUAUCAAUCGUACAGAAAUCGAGCUUCGGUGUUCAUGAAAAAUUUAUUAAGUGUAACAUAUUUUUUACGUAUACAUCUACUACUGUUUAUAAAUUACAAAUUCUGUAAAAAAUUAUACUUAAUGCAGUCAGUUUAUCGUACGUUAAUAAUUCUUGUUCGUAGAAUCGAAGCGAAUCGCUUUGAAUGUUUAUUUCAAACAUUUCUGUUUUGACACAUACAAAUCCCUCGCUGAGUUAUUGAAAUUUUUGUUGCUAAGAUUUCUUGGGUUGAAUGUUUAUAUAUCGACUAAUGUGUCUUACUUGAGGUUUUAAAACAGAAUUUGGUGACUGCUUGCUGUGAUCUCUUACUACCGACACUAUUGCAGGUUGUUUAUAUAUGGUCACUACGUUUUUCUGAGAUGGAACAACUUGAUCAUUCUGAGAUUCCAUUGUAACAUUUGGACCCACAACUCGAGGGUUCAACAUACCAGUACACUUAGAGAUAUUUUUUAAUUUGACUAUGUCUUUACCCGCUGCUACGAAAACUCUUUUUAAUUUAUUUUUACUCUUUACAUGAACAAACAUUUCAGAGUCAGUUGUAACAUUUGUGCAACUGUCAAUAACAAUGUCGUUUUCAUUUGGUGUCUCCACUGUAAGAUCCACGAUACUAUUGUUAAUCGACGUAGUCGGCACGUUCUUCUCCACAUCUGACUCAACUUUAUCAGUUCCGUCUUUCCAAGUCAUAGGAUGUCUUGCAAACGAACGCACACGUAGUAAUGGUUUCUCCUCCUCUAACGAUUUAGUAUCCGUCGCAUCCUCAGUCAUAAUAUUAGCUUCAUCCUCUACAACAUACACAUAUAACAAAAUCUAAUUGUUUCCUCUAUUUUCUUUGGUAAGUUCUUCUCAUUGAUAUUAUGAUGUUUAUAACACUAACCUUUUAUUCUAUCAAUUGGGACAUCUACUUUCAUAGAUGGUACAUCAACUCCAACCUUAGACACUACCGUUCCAUCAUUUUCUUCUAUCCGUGACUCAGACUCGUUUUUACAGUCAGGAAUGUUCACAACGUUACUCGAAUUCGUUGUUUUCAAAUUACAAUCAUCAGCACAGUCUUUUAGCAUAUCACUGGCAUUCGUGUGGAAACCUUCACCUAUUUCUAUUAUAUCUAAAUUGUUAGUAUCAACCUUAUUGUUUAUGCUUGUCUCUUUCACUAUUACUUCAUUGGAAUUGGAAUUGUUGGUUUCAACUUUAUUGUUUAUCCUUGUUUCUUUCACUGUUAGUUCAUUUUCAUUGGAAUUGUUGGUUUCAACUUUAUUGUUUAUCCUUGUUUCUUUCACUGUUAUUUCAUUUUCAUUGGAAUUAUUGGUUUCAACUUUAUUGUUUAUGCUUGUUUCUUUCACUGUUACUUCAUCUGUACCUAUAUUGACAUCUUCCUCUUUCUCUUCUUCCUUUUCCUCAGUUUCUGAACUACUUUUAUCCCUGCUUAUACUCAAACUGUAUUCCUCUUCACUAAUAUUGCCAUUCUCAUUAUCUUCAUCCUCAUUUUCUACACUCUCUUCUUCAUCCUCUUCAUCUGAUGAUGUCUCAGUAGCCACCAAACAGUUUUUACUACUUUCUUGUUUUUUCACAUACUCUUCAAAUACAUUAGUUAAACGCUUUUCACCCUCCCUCUUAUUCUCUAACAAUUUCAAAGCUAACUCUUGAUCCUUCAGAGCUGGAUCAUCUUCCUUAUCUUCCAAAAACAGGGAAAAUGUAUCCCAGUAAUCAGCUCGACGAGAACGUUGUAAAUAUUCUCCUAAUUUAAUAAACGCCUUUUUAGCUGUGAAAAAAAUACAAAUGCACUAAACAAAACUUGAAAAUUAUAUUACAUACUUUAAUACAUAUUUUAUCAAUUUACCCAUUCGCUGUUGCUGUUUCGUAUCCAAUCUUAAAUUACUUAAUUUAUUACAUCUCUCAACACAAUCCAGAAUAUCUUUAUAAUCUGGAAAAAUCACUGCAUCCGUGAAUGUACCAUUUUUUUUUACUUUAU